AUUUUUCUUUCUUACACAUAAUAUGCCAUAUAACGAUUCUAAUUAUCAUAUCGAUGACAAAGAGGAAGAUUCAAUCAAGCCAGAAGAAGAGUUUAAUCUUAAACAAUGCACCAUUUAUGCUAUUGAUUGUAGAUCGUCCAUGAUACAACUCAAUGAACAUGGUGAAAUUCCCUUAUUAAUGAUUUUAAAAAGUAUUCGCUUAAAAUGUCUAGACAAAAUAAACUCAAGGUCGACUGAUCAGAUGGGACUUAUUUUAUUUGGAACAAGAGAAAAGAAUAAUUCAGCUAAUAAAGACAACAUUUAUGUUUUACAACCGUUAGAUAUACUAGACGCACCACGUAUGAAAGAGAUUGACAUGUUGAUUCAAAAUAUUUCAUUCAUAAAAGAGAAAUAUGGAUCAACAGAUGAGUUAUUUCCUAUUAGUGAUUUAUUUUGGGUUUGUUCAGAUAUUAUGUUAAGUGCGCCCAAGUUAUCGAUAAAACGAGUUAUUUUGAUUACAGACAACGAUGAUCCAACAAGCCAUAAUCCAGUCUAUAGAAAAACAGCGAUACAAAGAGUCAAGGAUUUAAAUCAUGUUGGAGUUGAAUGUAUUGUAUUUGGUUUAGAUAGAGUUGGACAUACAUUUGAUAAAGACAUUUUUUACAAGGAUAUCAGCUAUUUUAAUGAUUAUCAAUUAAAAGAAGAAAAAGACGACUUUAAAGACAAAGUAUUAUCAUAUACAGGCAAACUAAGUGAUUUAUUUGAAAAAAUCAAAACAUUUCAAACAACUACAAGAUCAGGAUUCCGUUUACCACUUCAAAUAGCACCUAAUUUAAUCAUUGGUAUUAGAGGAUACAAUAUGAUUAUUGAACAGAAAAUUGAUAAUCCAAGGUAUUUUUAUACAAGUGGAGAACAAUUAAAAGAAGUCAAAUCUAUUACAAGAUGGAAAUGUGCGGAUACAAAUGAAAUCCUCACUUCAAUCGAUAUUAAAACAAGUUAUAAUUAUGGAGGAGAAAAGGUUAUACUUUCUAAACAAGAUAUUGAAAAGAUUCAAACUGUAAACGAGCCAGGCAUUCUUGUCUUGGGCUUUAGGGAAUUAAAAGCUUUAAAAGCAUAUCAUCAGAUAUCGCAUCCAUACUUUAUUUAUCCAGAUGAAAUGCAAUAUAAAGAAAGUAAAAAUGUAUUCUUUUUAUUAUUGAAUACAUUAUUAAAUAAAGGACAAAUGGCAAUAUGUUCUUUUGUUAAAAGACUGAAUACAAUCCCGAAAAUAGUCGCUCUUUUACCUCAAGCUGAAAAAAUAGACAAAAAUGGAAAUCAAAUUGAUCCUCCUGGAUUUCAAUUAAUUAUUUUACCUUUUGCGGAUGAAAUCCGUAAUAUACCGCCUUAUACUAUACCUGAAGACUUUGAAUAUUCAUCUACAUUAGCAAAACGCUUAAUCGAGAAAUUUACAAUAAAAGAAGGAUAUAAUCCAACCAAAUAUCAUAAUCCAUUUCUUCAAAAUCAUAAAAAUUUGGUUCAAAAAAUUGCUCUUGAUAACGAUCAUGAUUUGAUUCAUGAUGCCGUUACACCAAACUAUCAUUUUAUAGAAUCUAAUCUUUCAAAUGACAUUGAAGCCUUUAAGAAAUCUGUUGGUCUAGAUACAAUUUGCCUAGAAGAUAUAAAUAACAAUAUUAAGCGAAAGACAUCAUCUAUUGAUAAUGAAUUGUUAUUGUCUUACAAAAAAUCAAAAACGGAAGAAUUAACUGUUCCACAACAUUGGGAAGCAAAUACAUUAAAUAACGUGACAAAUAAUUCACUCAAGGAAUUUCUAUUAUCAGUUGGUAUUCAUCCAAAAAAGUUAAAAGCAGACUUAGUUUGUCAAGUAGAUGCUUAUUUAAAGACAAAGGUUGAAGAAUUAUAAUUAUCUUUUAUAUAUGUUUUUAUAUAUAAAUAAGCGGUCAUUAAACUGUAAAAAAAAA